GGAUCUCUAUUGAAUUCAGUUUAAUUCGUGUAGUGUUUAGAGUCACACUAAAUUUGUUUAGUUAGUUGACCAUUACUUUCGGGAUAGAAUUAAGCGUGCUUCCCAUUAGUCACAUUCCAUUGAUUCUAAACAUUGAGUCAUCUAGUCAAGUAUUAAAAAUUGCUUAAUUGUGUAUAAAUCCAUAUUGACACGAUCCUAUUCCGGUAUUUACAAUUUGUUAAAAUUUGUUUUGUUUUGUGGACAUUUUUAUAAAGUUUGAGUGCAAUAUCUACCGAAUUUUAUUUUAAUCUAACGAAUAGUGAGGAGUGUUUCGUGUAAGAUAAAUAGAUAAUCAACAUUCUUCCUGCACAGCAACUAGGAACCGCGGUGGCACCAUGGCCAUCCGGUAUUACUACUGUCGACGAAAUGGCACACAAAGGGCAUAGCGGUGUCAACCAGCUAGGGGGGGUGUUCGUCAGCGGGCGUCCCUUGCCCGAUUCCACUAGGCAGAAGAUCGUCGAGUUAGCACAUUCUGGAGCAAGACCCUGUGAUAUUUCAAGAAUUCUACAAGUCUCUAAUGGAUGUGUUUCUAAAAUACUUGGCAGGUACUAUGAAACAGGAUCAAUUCGUCCACGUGCAAUCGGAGGUUCAAAACCUCGAGUUGCCACCGCCGAAGUGGUAUCUAAAAUAUCAUCAUACAAAAGAGAGUGUCCUUCUAUAUUUGCAUGGGAAAUUAGAGAUAGGUUACUACAAGAAGGAGUUUGUACAAAUGACAAUAUACCGAGCGUAUCAUCAAUCAACAGGGUAUUACGUAAUUUAGCCGCACAAAAAGAACAAACUUCCAAUUCUCCUGUAUCUAGUGGUAAUGAUAAUGUAUAUGAUAAGCUAAGGUUAUUAAAUGGAAAUCAAACCAAUUGGAGAUCUCCGUCUUCAUGGUAUUCAAGUGCAAAUACAGCGUUUCAUCUUCAACCUCUUAGUCCGCCACCAUCUAUUCUUGCUGAUGAUAUUGUCUCCAAAAAAGGCGUAGAAAUAGAUGGGGUUCACUCUGAUGAAACUAACUCUGGUGAUAAUUCUAACGCUGGCUCGAGUAUAGGUCCAGAUGAUGAUCAGGCAAGAUUAAGAUUAAAAAGAAAACUACAGAGGAAUCGAACGUCGUUUACCAAUGACCAAAUUGACAGUUUGGAGAAAGAAUUCGAACGGACACAUUAUCCAGAUGUAUUUGCAAGAGAAAGGCUAGCAGCGAAAAUUGGUUUACCCGAAGCCAGGAUCCAAGUAUGGUUUUCGAAUCGACGAGCGAAAUGGAGAAGGGAAGAGAAGUUAAGAAACCAACGAAGAGGGACGUCUGUUUCAGCAGAGCAUCCGGUUUCGUCCGCUUCCCCUCCAAGGAUACAGACGUUUAAUAAUACUACGAUGUAUUCAACAAUUGCACCAACCAUGUCUAUUGCUGAAACAUACAGUCCAAUGUCUACUAUGUCUAGUUUUACACACAAUAGUUUAGCAUCCGGAAUGGGACCUUCGCCAGCCGCUUGUUUGCAACAAAGAGAAAGUCCAACAAUGACUGGUGCAAUGGGAGGAUACUGUAUGGGUCGACCUCCAGGAUACGAUCUCACGGGACUUGGUUACGGAGCUAGACCCUCACCUUGCAGCCCUUCACAACCAUAUCAAGUAAAUGGUCACCAGUACAAUAACAGUGCUACAUCUUCUACAGGUCUUAUAUCGCCCGGAGUAUCAGUCCCAAUAGCAAUACCUCCAAGUCAAUCAGAUGUGACUUCCCACCAACCUUAUUGGCCCAGACUGCAGUGACCCUGGUGGACUUAAACAAAUUUAAUAUGGACUGUUAUCUUUGCAAUCUUUAAGAAACUUUUUUCCAAACUGUACUUAAUAUUUGUAUACUUAUUUAAGAAGAAACUGAAUUUGUUAAGUAGAUUGUGAAUUUUCGAAUAUCAAUAGAAAUACAGAGUGUUUUAGAAACGAAAAA